CCUUAAACUUACCCACGGCUGGCGGCAUUCAACGACACCGGAUAUCCGACACAUUCUAACCCGAGCGCCACCCGAGCCAUUGUAGUCUUACCUCGUUAGAAGAAUUUAUAUACCGCCCUUCCCAGGCUCCUGUAUCCAACUUCCUCUCUCUUCCCCGCACUCCCCGCAAAACAUUAUAUUAUUCGCCACCCUCACCGUCCUUUUUCGUCACGCAGUCUUUCAGAGUCAGUAAGAGCCGGAAUUACAGAAAUCAGCCAAAAUGGUGAACAGGAAAGCAACCGAGCCAUGCUACGUGCUGGGCGUGGGCAUGACCAAGUUCAUCAAGCCCCGCGGCAAGGUCGACUACAAUGAGCUCGGCUUCGAAGCCGGUGUCAAGGCGAUGCUCGACGCCCAAAUCAACUACGACGAAGUCGACCAGGGCGUCGCCUGCUACUGCUACGGCGACAGCACCUGCGGUCAGCGCGUCUUCUACCAGUUCGGCAUGACCCAGAUCCCCAUCUACAACGUCAACAACAACUGCUCCACCGGCUCCACCGGCCUGUUUAUGGGUCGCAACAUGAUCAGCCAUGGCGCCGCCGACUGCGUGCUCGUCGUGGGCUUCGAGAAGAUGUUCCCCGGGAGCUUGCAGACUUUCUUCCAGGACCGCUCGAACCCGACCGCCACGACCAACCUCAUCAUGAAGGAGACCCGUGGCGUGACGAACGCUCCGGGCGCUGCUCAGCUGUUCGGUAACGCUGGUCGGGAAUACAUGGAGAAGUACGGCGCCUCAGCCGAGGACUUCGCCGAGAUUGGCCGCAUCAACCAUCUGCACAGCGGCAAGAACCCCUACUCUCAGUUCCAGGACGAGUACACCCUCGACCAGGUCCUCAACUCCACCAUGAUCCACGCCCCCCUCACCAAGCUCCAAUGCUGCCCCACCUCCGACGGCAGUGCCGCCGCCGUCCUCGUCUCCCAAUCCUUCCUCGACGCCCGCCCCCACCUCAAGUCCCAAGCCGUCCUCAUCGCCGGCCAAUGCCUCGCCACCGACUCCCCCGACCUGUUCUCCCGCAGCAGCAUCGACCUCAUCGGCUACGGCAUGUCCAAGACCGCUGCCGCCCGCGCCCUGGCCGAGGCCGGCGCCACCCCCGCCGACGUCAAGGUCUGCGAGCUGCACGACUGCUUCUCCGCCAACGAGAUGGUCACCAUCGACGCGCUCGGCCUCAGUGCCCCCGGAAAGGCUCACGAGCUCGUCCGCAGCGGUGGCAUCACCUACGGCCCCGGCCUCAAGGUCGUCGUCAACCCGUCUGGUGGGCUCAUCAGCAAGGGUCACCCGCUUGGCGCCACCGGCCUGGCGCAGUGCGCCGAGCUCGUCUGGCACAUGCGUGGCUGGGCCAACAACCGCGCCGUCCCGGAUACCAAGGUCGCCCUUCAACACAACUUGGGUCUUGGCGGUGCCGUCGUCUGCACGGUGUACAAGCGUGGCGAUGGCGCGGCCGCCCCGACCGUCUCGGAUGCGGAGGUUGCGAAGCGCACGUUGGUCGGAUAUAACCCGGCUACUCAGGCCAAGGGAUUCACCAAGGCGCAGGUCAAGUCGGUUGUGUCGAAGAAGGCGGACAGCGAGUGGGCGAGGCAGGAUACCGAGCAGAAGGUGGAGUCUCGGUUCUAAGUGUGUGGAGACGAGCGAGUUGGCCAGAAUAGGAAUUCCCGGAGUUGGUUUGGUCGUCAAAUAAGGCCAUGAUUGAAGAUGUUAUGUUCCAUUUAAAAUGUACAUUUUGGAAUCCAUCUAUGUUGAAUGUUUACCCGUAUGGAUACGUCGAGAUUGUGUAGUAUCGUCGACGCAGAAGUCGUGAUUGAUUGGUGUGAUGGUUGAAGUGGAAUCAUCGACUCGCUCUGGUGCCUCUCAGACUCACAGCCUCGCAACGGUUGUCCUUGUCAUAUAGAAUGAACGUAGCGCAUAGGCAUGUAUUCUGGAAUCUAGACGCAUCAUCAAUGUUAUGUC